AUGACCCCAGCUGUGGGCAUUGUGGGGGAGCACGAUGUCCCUGCUGGGAAGUGGCCGUGGCAGGUCAGCCUGCGGGUCUUCAACAAAGAGCAUGCCCAGUGGCAGCAUGAAUGUGGGGGCUCCCUCAUUCACCCCCAGUGGGUGCUGCCCACUGCCUACUGUGCUGGACCGGAUGUGCUGGAGCCACAGAAAUACAGGGUCCAGGUCAGGCAGCUGAGACUCUAUGACCACGACCAGCUGCAAAGGGUGGCCGAGAUCAUCCGCCACCCCAAGUUUAACCUGAGCCUGUCCGCCAUGGGGGUAGCAGACAUCGCCCUGAGACUGGAGAACCCCGUGCCGCUCUCCGGGCUCGUGAGCCCUGUCACCCUUUCUCCCAAUUCACUGGUGCUCAGCCCCGGAAUGAAGUGCUGGGUGACCGGCUGGGGCAUCUUUGGGGUCCAUGAUAAGAUUGGGGAACCUGAAGGGUGGACAAGGAAGAGCUCGUGGGAGCCCAAGGUCCCCAUCGUGCACAACCGGGUCUGCGAGAAGACCUACCACAAGGACCCACCUGCUGGAGGCACAGGCAGCACCAUCAAGGAGGACAUGCUGUGUGCAGGGAGGAAGGGAAGGGGCUCCCGCCAGGGUGACACCGGGGGUCCCCUGGUCUGUUACUGGCUGGACAUGUGGAUCCAAGUUGGAGUGCUGAGCUGGGGUGUGGCCUCUGGGCACAUCGACUAUCCUGGGGUCUACACCCGGGUGACAACCUACUCGUCCUGGAUCCACCAGCACAUCCCCUUGGAGCCUUGA